AUGACAGGCCCAAGAUAUGAUCAUCUUACGCAAGCCUUCCUCCUCGGCAUGAAGGUGACUGGGAAGAGCAAUCCCGAGAUAUGUGCACUUACUGGGGUAUCAAGGUGGACUCUCAACAAAAUUUUUAAAAGAGCACUUAAGAACGGCUUCGAUCCUGAUAAGCGACCCUUUGAGAUUGAUAUUGCCCUUUUUGUUGAAGACGAGAGUAACAACAAGAAAGCACCCAGCCCUGCUAAGAAGAAGAAGAAGGUAGAGCCGCAUGAUGAGCCGUAUGAAGAAGAGGUGGAGAGCAGCGAUGCCUAG